UGUCUAUGGCUGUGUUUGCGGUUUGUUAUGUUACCAGUAUUCAGAGUCAUAUGUGUUGUGUUUGACUCUAGCCUGACUGUUUAUCUCCUGUAUUUGUGAUCCCACAGUAGAAACAAUGCGUUGGUGCAUCGCAGCUGCUCUUUUGUGUGCGGUCAUAGCUACAGAGGGAAAAGCAGUCCCUUCCCCUCCAAAUUUUGGGAACAGCUAUCAUGUCAAAGGAGUGAUCUCUCUGCCCUACGCUGAGAUCAAGGAGCCAUUCGAGGCCUGGUUAGACCUAGCGGCGAAGUCCAGCCGAAUAGACUACUACCAUGGCCAGGUGUCGACCUUCCAGUUGGGGGCGGAGCAGCCGUGGGGCGUUUCCUAUAAAAUCACUCCCGAGACCACGGAGACGAUGCAGAAUAUGAUGAAGUGUUUCCAGGUCAACGGCACGAAGGAUGAAGCGGUCACAUCGCAGGCGUCGCUGCCUGAUGUGCAAGGCUUCCAGUUCCUGAGGAUGGAGUACUUUGGAGGUUCCCUGUGUGAAGUUUGGCAGAAUGUGACCUCUGUGGGCUACAAGAAGAACACCUACACACUGUGGGUGUCCCGUUCAGAGAGGGGUGCAGACGGCAGUGACGAGCCUGCCACGCCCCUCCAUUAUGAGAUGUUGGGUUACAACACGCUGCUGGGCUCACAUUAUGACAAAUACUUGGUGGACUACAAAGAGUUCAGCACUCACGUGGACCCAAAAGUCUUCUCGCUGCCUGAAGGGAUGAGCUGUGGUGGGUUUCCUGGUCAAGGAGUGGAGCACCACAUGUUGGCCAAUCCAAUGAAAGAUCUCGUCCACACCUCGGCAUCAGGCCACUCAGAGCGCAUGUUCAACCAUUUCAAGGACAAGUUUCAGCGUCAGUACAACGACGAAAGAGAACAUGAGAAAAGGGGACACGCUUUUGUUCAUAACCUCCGGUAUGUCCACUCCAAGAACAGAGCAGGGCUGCCCUUCUCUCUGGCUCUGAACUCGCUGUCAGAUCGAACCAUGUCGGAGCUGGCCACCAUGAGGGGGAGGAAACAAGGAAAGACCCCAAACAGAGGGCUCCCUUUCCCCUUAAAGAAUUACAAAGGGGUGAAAGUGCCCGAGUCACUUGACUGGAGGCUUUACGGUGCCGUGACCCCGGUGAAGGACCAGGCCAUCUGCGGCUCCUGCUGGAGCUUUGCCACCACUGGAGCAGUAGAGGGCGCUCUCUUCCUAAAGUCGGGAUCCCUGCAGGUUCUGUCUCAGCAGAUGCUUGUAGACUGUUCCUGGGGAUUCGGCAAUAACGGCUGUGAUGGAGGGGAGGAGUGGAGGGGAUACGAGUGGAUCAUGAAACACGGAGGCAUCGCCACAACAGAAACCUACGGAGCCUAUAUGGGAAUGAAUGGAUUUUGCCACAUGAACACAUCCCAGCUCACUGCACAGAUCCAGAGCUACACCAACGUGACAUCAGGAGACGCGGAGGCCCUUAAGCUGGCGCUCUUUAAAAACGGACCGACGGCCGUCAGCAUCGAUGCAUCUCACCGUUCAUUUGUUUUCUACAGCCACGGUGUCUACUAUGAACCGGCUUGUGGUAGCACCACUGAAGAUUUGGAUCAUGCCGUGCUUGCGGUGGGAUACGGCACACUAAAUGGGGAGCCAUACUGGUUGGUGAAGAACUCAUGGUCCACCUACUGGGGCAAUGACGGCUACAUCCUCAUGUCAAUGAAGGACAACAACUGUGGCGUCACCACCGAUGCGACGUAUGUCACACUGGCAUAGAUGUGGCCCUUUCCUCUAUGUAUCACUAAAUGUUAAUGCCACUAUGUGAGUGCCUGAGGAUGAAAGACAUCUAAUGUCGGAUGUGCUGAGGCGUGGAUAUCACGUCAAACUGUGCUGCUUGGUGUUAUUAAUGUGUUAAAUGUUGCUGUUGGAUGGUGCCUGAGGAAACUGUACACAGAACAAGUCCGCUUUUUCAAACAUGAUUUUGACAAGUUUAUUGCUGGUGGCACAUAGCUACAGUGCCUUCAUUUCAGUUGCACAAGGUACAUUUUGUGACAUA